AUGCUUCCUUUUGCUAUUCCAUAUCCCCCUGAGCAAUCCAAUGGUUUUUGGGGAGCCCCUACUUCCACAAUAGAUUGGUGCGAAGAAAACUAUGUCGUCUCACCAUACGUUGCUGAGGCUCUCAAUACUGUGACAAAUGCAGGGUUCAUCUUCUUUGCGGGUUUUGCCAUUGUACAUGCCUGGAAAAACAAAUUGGAAAUGAGGUUCCUUAUUUCUGCUUGUGGCUUUUUGCUAGUAGGCGUCGGAUCUUGGCUCUUUCACAUGACACUCAGAUAUGAGUAUCAACUUUUGGACGAGUUGCCUAUGAUAUAUGCCACUUGUAUUCCGUUCUGGAGCGUUUUUUCUGAACUUAGAGAUGGAAAAGGAUCUCUUUAUGUUGGUGUAUCAACAUUCGUCGCUGCUAAUUUGCUAACGUGGAUAUAUUUGAAGUUCAAAGACCCAACAAUCCACCAGGCUGCCUACGGGCUAAUGAAUGCCGCAAUUGUUUUUAGGUCGUAUCGUUUGACAAGAGAUCAUGUUCCCAAUAGAGAUUCCGCUGCUAUAUUGAAUCGAACCAUGUUCACAGGAGUGCUGAUAUUCGGUUUAGGGUAUAUUCUUUGGAACAUGGACAUACAUCUCUGUGAAUAUGCAAGAGCUGCCAGACGUGAGGUAGGAAUGCCAUAUGGGUUUUUGUUGGAGGGUCAUGGUUGGUGGCAUCUUCUUACAGGAACCGGAGUGUACUUCUACCUAGUCUACGAGGAAUAUUUGAGAUGUUGGUUGACCGGAACUCAAAGAUUUUAUCUGCUUGAACGAAAAUGCUUCUUGCCCGUGGUUGUCCUUAAAAAUCCGACAGGAUUGAAUGCUUUCAAGUCUGCAAGAUACAAAAAAGAAAUAUGA